GGUGGCGGGAGCUACAGCUUCAAAUGCAGUACCUGGAAAUCGGUAAAAUUUUCGAAGACCAGUAGAUCGGUAUUCAAAAAUUGGACUGCGAUUUCCACAACAGAGGAUUUAGCCCCGGCGAGAUCCAUGAGUUGUCGCGAGAAGGUGUGAUAAAGAUUAAAUUUGACUCUGUAUAAAAUGUAUUUGAGAUCCUCGAUUGAUGGACUUGGAGAAGGUGGUGGACGAAGAAGGAGGUGUCACCUGAGUUGAGAAAGCCGACCGAGUCAGCACAUCGAUGCAAGAACCCCUGACUCGAAUCUUUCAGAUUUGGAGGAGCUUUCUUAUUCAGUGAGAGCUCAUGGCACAGCGUCGUGCAUGAGGCACGGUCGAUCAUUUCUUGAUUGUCGACGUUCUCCACCACGAGCUGAGAGUGUUGGAGUCUGUCGGGCGCCCGCAGGCUGGUGAAAGGCCAGUGAGCGAGCGGGCUAGUUAGCUUUCUUGGAAAUCCGAAGGCACGUGGGGAAGCGCAGCCUCUCUCCAGUUUCUAUGCAUUGUGCUCACUUUCGGUCGUCACGAGACGAGGAGCAGGUCGCGUAACAUAUUGCGUUGAAACUGGAGGCCUCGUGCUUUAGACUCGCGGGUCGGUGCAAGGGACUACGAUUCCGCUUCUGUUUCACGAACAACAUCCAGAUGAUCGUCCCAGGGUUUGGCUGAAGAUUAAGAUGACAGAGUACCAAUUUGUGAAAGAGUGGAACAGAAAGUCGGGCACGUUUUCAUCACUAACACCACAACCGAAAAGAACUGCAAAUCUGGCUUCAUCGUUUGACAUCGAGGCGGAAGAACUGCUUGAUUCAUACCAAGGGAACAUACCUGUUGACGGUUCCAUGAGGAAUUCACCCAGUGCCGGCGAAAUGGGGAAGGACAGUGCUGCAGAAGAGGAAAAUGAACAAGCACCAUCAAGGGGAGGUGACAGAGAGCAUGUGUCUACUGCACGCAAGAGGAAAAGAGCCUCAUCGUCUGCUUUAGCUGGAGUUGUGGCUGCAUUCCAAGAGAUGUCUGCUGGUAUAAUGCGUAUUGAGAAGGAGAACUCUGAAAGAGCAAAAGAGGCACAUGAGAUGGCGAAAGAUGCUCACGAGCUGGAAAAGAGAAAAUUUGAGUUUCAGCAAAGGAAGGUGGAGAGAGAAGAGGAGCGAGCAGAUAAAUUUGUAGGAGUGCUUGGACAGAUAGCUGGUGCAUUCAGAAAGAUGGCAGAGAAAAUGUGAUUUGUUCCUAUAUGUGCAUAGGUUAUGGGCAACCACCUAAAACCCCUCAACUUGAACAAGGACAGCAGGACAUCAACAUUUGUAAUUAUAGACUCGACUGUGAUGGUUAUUUAGUCAUAAUGCAGAUGUCUCUCGGCUCCUCUAAAUUUUUUUCGUUUUUUCAGAUCAAUCCUUGAUCAGUUUGUAGCUAAUAGUCUGAAGACCCAGCUCAAAUAUAGUGCGUCAAAGAGGUAGUUUUAGAUAACGGUCAGCUGGUCAGUUUCUACCUUCCUUUUUCAAUACUCGGAAGGAGCCAUGUUUAUACGAGAAUCUCUUUUCCAGUGCCUUUCCACUGUUUUUAGAUAUGAGGAAGCUCUGUUCUCAAUUAACCAAUCUUUGGUGGUCAUUUUGUUCAUACUCGUUACCAAAGUAUUUAGUCCUAGGCUUUACCUCAGACGCUGGUCGACAAAUCUUAGAUCAUAUGCUCACCAUUUUGUUGUAGUUGAAAGUUCAUGGACUGCUAUACGC